AUGAGCAAACUGAGGCCCAGAGAUGGGGAGCCACUCUCCUGUGUGCGCACAGCCGGCGAGAGGCCAUCCUGGGACUGUGCCCCCGGCUUCCUGUACCUGGCAGCCCCUCCGGAUGACCUGAGACCCUUAAAAAAUCCUGCCUUCUUGCCCUGAUCUAGGCUUGAGCCACACACCAAUAGCUGCGGUCCCCUUUACAGAGCCAUGCUUGGUGCUGCCGAGGUGGGCGUGCAGGAUUCUUUCAGCUCUGCAUGCCUGUGCAGUGGGGAGGCCGGUUGGUGUGAUCUGAUUCACAACCAAGAACUGGAUGCUAAGAAGGAAACAAAGAGCCGGAGGAGGCGCUCAGGGCUUGGUUAUGAUCCGUACAACCCCGAGCUGCCCAAGCCCCCUGUGCAGAGGGAGAAUGGAGCCCUGGUCAGAGGGGAUGAGCCCCGCUCGGACAUCCUGGAGCUGGAGCUGGUCAAUCAGGCCAUUGAGGCCGUGCGCUCGGAGGUGGAGCUCGAGCAGCGGCGGUACCAGGAGCUCCUGGAGACGGCCCGAGAGCACAGCUCCGCCGAGGCCCCCGCCGUGGCGCCCCGAGGCCCUGCCGCUUGCCCUGCCGCUGGCCUGGACGAGGACGCCUUUCCACUGUCCUUCGAUUACAACCCUGGUGGCCGCCCUGGCCUCCUAAGCCCUGAUGCCAGCUACCAGCCCACUCCUCUGGCCGCCGCCGCCGAGGCAGGCAGCAAGUACUCGCUGGCCUCUCUGGAUCGGGCGCAGGGCCAUGGCGGAGGGGGUGGCAGCACCCUGGAGUACGUCCCCAAGGCUGUGAGCCAGCCCCAGCGAUACGGCCGCCCCGUCCCCAGCAGCAAGUACGUGUUGGACGACUCCAAGCCGUCCACGGACCUGGAGUACGACCCACUGUCCAACUUCUCCGCCCGGCUGCUCAGCAGGGCCAGUUCCAAGGACGACAGGGCCCCCAAGAGGCCCAGGGGCUCCCGGGGUAGUGAACCCUACACGCCCGCCCUCAAGAAGCCCUGCGACCCCUUUGCUGGCUGCGACGCCAGGUUCUCAGACUCGGAUGAUGAUGCCGCCGCAGCUCCGCCUGACGUGCCCGUCACCACCAGCCCUCCGAGAUCCCAGGCGGGCCCCGAGAGCAAGGCCCCCGGGCAGCCAGGCUCCAGGGAGAGCCAGGACGCUGAGGAGGGCGGCCUGCGGGAGACCAAGGAGAUGGCAGUGCAGUAUGAUGUGGAGGACCUCGGGCAGUCCCCCAAGGGUCCUGGGGGGACACCAGUGGCCAAGCCCAGCUCCCCGGUCAGGGCCUCCCGGGAGCCCGGCGGCUCCAAGCAGGGAAGACCCAAGAAGAAGAAAAGUGGGGCACUGCCUGUCCCCGGCCACAAGGACGGCGUCCGGAAGAAGGACAGGGGCAAAGACGGAGAGCAUGGGAGGCCAGCCGGGAAGCCCUGUGCAGACAGGAGGGGCCCACAGGCUGGCAGCCCCCGGCAUAGGGCCGAGCAGCCUGAAGGGACCAAGAAAAAGCCAUCUUCGGCCACCCCGGUGGCCAGCUCAGGGAAAAGCCGGCCUGACCGUGGGGGUGUCCACCAGCUGCCAAACAGGCCCGGUGGGAAGACCGCGUCGGGGAAGCUGGCCGAGCGGAAGGCCCGCUCGCUGGACGAGGGUGCCUCCCGGGACGCCCCCAAGCUGCAGAAGCGGGCCCUGAGCCACGCAGACCUCUUCGGGGACGAGAGCGAGGAUGAAGGCCCGGGGCCCGCGGCGCCCCCCGCCGCCCCGCCCCACCUCAGCUCCACCUCGGACUCCGACUCGGACUCGGACAGCAGCCUGGGCUAUUCAGCGGCUCAGGGGCCGCGCAAGCGCCUCAAGGCCCCCCCGCCCGCCCCGCCUGCCCCCGCCUCCCCCUCCCCCUCCUCAUGCUCCUCUUCCUCCUCCUCUUCCUCCUCUGGGGUGGGCGGGAGCGUGGACUACGCCGCUCUGGAGAAGGAGGUCGACUUUGACUCCGACCCCAUGGAGGAGUGUCUGCGCAUCUUCAACGAGUCCACCAGCGUCAAGACGGAGGACAGGGGCCGGCUGGCCCGGCAGCCCCCCAAGGAAGAGAAAAUCGAAGACAAGGGGCAUUCGGGUUUGACCACUCUGUUCCCUGGGCAGAAGAGGAGAAUUUCUCAUCUCUCCAAGCAAGGCAAGGAGGCAGAGCCUGUGAGGAGAGGCCCAGCUCCCCCGGCCCGGCCUCUCACCGCCCAGGAGGUAUGCUAUCGGCGGGCCCAGCAGGCCCAGAGGGACUCUGCUACCUGGCUCCAGGCUACCCAGCAGCCGGCUGAGAAGCCCUCUUCCAUCCAUAUCUCAGCCCCUGGCGAGAAGAGGAGGAUCGCCCACGUUCCCAACCCCCGUCUGGCUGCCGCCCCCACAGGUGCCAAGAGGGCCCUCGCCGCCAGCAGCAGCCAGCCUCCCAAUGGCCCCGAGCCGGGCAGCCAGCCCCUGAAGGCGCGUACGUUGUCGGGCAUGGCGUCCAAGACCACCACCACCGUCACCCCCAAGCGCGUUGCCCACAGCCCAUCUUUACAGAGUUUAAAGAAGCCCGUUAUCCCCAAAGAGUUUGGGGGCAAAGUCCCCACGGUCAUCCGCCAGCGGUAUCUGAACCUGUUCAUUGAGGAGUGUCUCAAGUUCUGCUCUUCAAACCAGGAAGCCAUAGAGAAGGCGCUGAACGAGGAGAAGGUGGCCUACGACCGCAGCCCCAGCAAGAACAUCUACUUGAAUGUCGCCGUGAACACCCUCAAGAAGCUGCGGGGCCUGGUCCCCAGCUCCGCGCCCGGUCUCAACAAAACCGGCGGCCGGAGGGUUGUGUCCCAUGAGAUGGUGCUGGGGGGCAAGUUGGCCACCAAGACCAGCUUCUCGCUCAGCCGCCCGAGCAGCCCCCGGGUGGAGGAUCUGAAAGGGGUCGCCCUGUAUGGCCGCCUCAAGGAGUACCUGCUCACCGAGGACCAGCUCAAAGAGAAUGGCUACCCCUUCCCGCACCCCGAGCGGCCGGGGGGCGCCGUCAUCUUCACGGCUGAGGAGAAGAAGCCCAAGGACGCGUCCUGCAGAAUCUGCUGCCGCUGUGGCGCCGAGUACCUCGUGUCCCCGUCGGGCCGCUGCGUGCGGGAAGAGGAGUGCUGCUACCACUGGGGGCGGCUCCGCCGGAACCGGGUGGCUGGCGGCUGGGAGACUCAGUACACGUGCUGCUCGGCCGCCAUCGGCUCCACCGGCUGCCAGGUCGCCAAGCAACACGUGCAGGACGGCCGGAAGGAAAACCUCGAAGGCUUUGUGAAGACUUUCGAUAAAGAAGUUGCGGAAGACGCUCACCCAGGGAUCUUCGCCCUCGACUGUGAAAUGUCCUACACCACGUACGGCCUGGAGCUGACGCGCGUCACGGUGGUGGACACGGACAUGCAGGUGGUUUACGACACCUUCGUCAAGCCAGACAACGAGAUCGUUGACUACAACACCAGGUUUUCAGGGGUGACCGAGGCUGACCUCGCCAACACGAGCAUCUCGCUCCGGGACGUCCAGGCCGUCCUGCUGAGCAUGUUCAGCGCCGACACUGUCCUCAUCGGACACAGCCUGGAGAGCGACCUGCUGGCCUUGAAGGUCAUCCACAGCACCGUGGUGGACACGUCCGUGCUCUUCCCGCACCGCCUGGGCCUCCCCUACAAGCGCUCCCUGCGGAACCUCAUGGCUGACUACCUCAGACAGAUCAUCCAGGACAACGUGGACGGGCACAGCUCUAGCGAGGACGCCAGCGCCUGCAUGCACCUGGUGAUCUGGAAGAUCCGAGAAGACGCCAAGACCAAGCGGUGACCGCUGCCGCCUGCCCGCCUUCCCCGCAGCCCCGGCCCGGCCUCUACCCCAGGCCUCUUCCAAAACAGUGCAAUAAAUCUCGAGAGCUAACCCUGUCCACGUCGCCAAGACAUGGAAACAGAGAGAGCGGGACGAGCCGGCGGCACGAGAGCCCCACGCCGAGACCACCUGGAGCCCUGCCCCCCACCCGGCCCCUUGCGCCGCCCCCGCCUUCUGUCCUCUGGAGACCGCUGCUGACUCCCGGAGAAGGCCGGGACAGACCCCCCCCCGGCCCCCCCGUGGGCCCCGCUGCGUCCCUGGCAGCCAGACCUCCUGCCCCUCCUCCUGCCGGGCAGGCUUUUCGUGGGUGUGUUUGAGACAGGGGUUUUUUUUAUUUUGUAUUGUUAUUUUUAUUAUUUGUAAUUUAAACCUGACGACUUGCACAGUUGUCUUUUCCCCGGCCCAGCCCGGAGAAGCAAGACCCUGGUGCUGCCUUCCCUGUUGGGGGCGGGGGAGGGGGAGAAGUUGGGGGGCCGGGAGCCGACAAGCUGUCCCCUUGGCAGCCACCAGGACCGAGAGAGUCCAGCCUGGCCUGGGCCAGACGGGUGGGAACUGGCCUCCCCAAACCCACCUGGACUCCGUGACCUCUGGGAACCAAGCCAGCCCCCCUUCCCCCCCCCCCAGGGCCUCGCCUUCUGGACCCCUCCAGGGCCCAUCAGCCUCUGGACCCUGUCUUCCUGCCAGAGCCCCACCCUCCCCAGGGGCUGUGUGUAAAGGCCUGCAGCCUCCCCAGGGCCCUGAGCCCCUCUCCCCCAACCCGAGGCAGGGACGGAAUAAAUGUUUGUAUGGAUUUUAGCUUGCGUGGCGUCUGGUGGUGUUCUUGGUGCCAGGUGAGCCCCACGGUCAGCACCUGUGCCCCUAACUGGGGAAGCAGCACACCCUUGUUCAUCUUCCUGAGAGCCGUCCCCGGGCCUGCCAGCCUGGCCUGGGGAUGCAGACCUGGAGCCCUGGGGGUGCUGUGAUGUUGGAGGCAGCAACCAUGUCCUGUGAGUGGGGUCCACCUUGCUGGCCCGGGGGAU